AUGAUCAUUGCAUCUACAUUAAUAUCAAAAGAAACGAAUCCGCAAGUCAAGCUAUUUACAAGGAUUAAUAAGAAAAGUAUUAAGAUAUGGUUACAGUAUUUGGUAAACACGCCCCUUUAUGAUUACUACAAUAUCACAAUUACUCACGGAUUCCUCAGUGAUGAUGAUGAAGAAACUCAACAAAUAGGUAACAUAGAUGAAGUCACUGAAGAUAUUCCCAUCGAGGAGAGUAUUACAGCUCAGCAACAUAUUUUUCUGUGGAAUGACGAAAAAUAUUUAAGAACACACCUGGGGAAAACAAUAUUCCUCGUAGUUUAUUAUUUGAUGAACACGCGGAAGUCAUUUCCAACUAUUUAUUUGGGACAAUUUAGAACAUUUAAAGAAGACAUUAGAGCUACAUCAUUCAUGAUGGCUUCCAGUGAAUUGCGUCGUACUGACCGUCGAGCAAUUACUCCGUAUCAUUUGGUGUAUACUGCUGUGAAGAUUAUGAGACUGCGGAUUCGAGACUCUUUGACUGUGGCAUUUAAGCAUAUUGGUCCUAAUACCAACAUAACAAGAGAUCAAAUCCAAUCAGACGAGUACAUCAGCAAUUGUAUUGAAUCGAAUCUUGUUUUCCUAUGUUCAAUACCAAAUUCAAGUUAG